CAAGCAACGGUCUAACUGAACGACUAUGUCGAAACACAGGCUAUCACCAGCCCCUUUACCUGCUGCAAAGCGACAGCAUACUAGCUCAGAGCAGACAAUUGUGUCGGCACCAUUGCUUAAUUUCGACUCGUUCCUGUAUGACGAGCUUGUUCUCGUCAUCUUUUCGUACCUUUCCUGGACCGACCUUUGCAGCAUCCAACCUACCAAUAGACUCUGGGCUCGUCUUGCUUCGGACAAUCAGCUGUGGAAGAACCAAUUCAUUCGAGAAUAUGGCCGACUUCGCCUGAGAGGUUCGCGAGGUUUCAUCCAGAGACACGACGAGCGCAAAGUGAAGCCGCUUCCGCACACACGCAAUAAUAAUUGUCAUGAAGAUGAUUUGGACCACAUAGACUGGAAAUGGAUGUUUCGGAUAAGCCUGAAUUGGCGAAGGGGCCGCUGUGAGCUAGAACGGGUUAGGGAACCAGAGAGUUUCCAAUCUCUUUCCUUACUUGGGUCCCAUGUUCACAGUUGUGCCUUGCUUGCUGGCUCUCUUACAGUGACCACAUCGUUUGAGGCGACUGUAUCACCCGCAAUUUACCUCCACAAACGCGGCACGGCUCCUUACACAUUGAAGGCUCGGCAUAGAGAGCGUAUACCGACGUACAUUACGGCAUUGUCGCUCGAUCAGUCCCCGCCGUCAUGCAGUAAUCACAAGCUUCGGGUAGUAGUAUUCUACGAGAGCGGAGAAUUCUCCGUCUUCCAUGUGGACCAUAACCAACCUCAACAUUCUCGCCUGCUCCUGACGUAUCAGCCUCGAAGUAAGACCAAUAGAACAACACCUAUUAGACAGGCAGCAUAUCAUCAUCCACUGCUCGUGACGUUGUCUCAUUCGUUCAAACUAUCGUUAUACGAUUUAUCGAGCGGCAAUGUUGUACUUUGUCAAACGCUUAGUUCAUUCACGUCUUAUCCUCCUACGUCAAUGGUCUUAACGUCGGGAGCGAGAAAUUAUCGACUUGUCCUAGCAUAUUCGGCACCAGUGUACCCAUCAGACUGGGGUGCUGCGGUUACGGUUCUCACUAUCUCUCAUCCACGUCCCGAACGAGGUAGUGAAUCUGUUCUUCAAGAAAGCGAAGACGAACAAUCAUCAAUACCGUAUAUUGUGACAGCAACGCGGACGGUUUGUGCGUUUGACGUGCCGAAUGGCUGGAUCGACGAUGACGCAUUACGUGCGAUACGAGACCAGUGGGGACGCAGAGCUGCACGAGUGGCCGAUGUACAAACGGACGGGAAAUGGGUUGUCCUCGCGCCGGCAGACAAGCUACCACUUCCUCUCUCGCCACCUUCUUCUUCCUUCUCGUCUUCGUCACCACGAGGUAGCCCGAAGCUUGGAACGACAGCUUGUGCAUUACAACUGUAUCGCUUGUACAUCCCCACAUCUAGUUCCACUGUCUCGGGAAACGGUUUGCGGCUGACGUUUGUGCGAUAUUUGCACGGACAUACCGGACCCGUCGCAGCUCUCGCACUCUCCGACGGGCGAUGUGUGAGUCGAGGUACGGACGGCAGUAUUUGGGUAUGGGAUCUCGAGCGUGGGUGGGGUGUUGAAGUACAAACUGCUGGCAUCACCCCAACACUUGAUCGUCGAUCAGACUCAACUUCAUCAACCAGUGCGAGCUCGGGAAGUAAUAUAGUUGUCUCUGAAGGAGAAUCGGAGAUGGAGAAUGCAAGUGGAUUUGCAUGCGAUGAGGUUCCGAUGGGUACGCCAUUGGGUGCGUUGGUGUUUGAUGAGCGGAGGAUUAUCACUGCAGAUGCAUUUGGCGUCGAAGUCCGGAGUUUUGACAUUUAGCCUAGGAUGUAGGGAUUCAUUCUCUAUGUCGAUCGAUAUUAUUCGCUCUGUUUUGACUUACUAUACUGAUUGUGGGCUUGUGGUCUGGUUUGACAUGCGUCUGGACUAGCUGGCGCUGAGACGACUGUCAUAAACAUAUCACAUUUUGGCAGUUUCUU